AUGACGAAACCAAAAUCCAAAAAACAAGCUUUAAUUGGGAACUUUUUCAAAAGAAAAUUCGAAGAAAUUAAUGAUAAUGAGUCAAGUCCGAAUGUUGGUAAUGAUAUCCAAGCAAAUGAUGACGUUGAUGCAAGUCCGAAUGUUGAUAAUGAGAAUAUCCAAGCAAAUGACGACGUUGAUGCAAGUCCGAAUGUUGAUAAUGAUAAUCCUACAACUUCAAUUCCAACAACACGAGGUAUUAUUGAUUUGAAUGAUCUUCCUUCGGAUCCACAUGAUAGGCCACCUAUUACUAGUUAUCACCCAAAUCAAAUAGAUGACAUAAGAAGGUCAUAUCUUGUUAAAGGGGCUUUUCAACCUCGUAGUCAUAAGUUUCCCGUUAAAGACUGUUAUGGAAAAAAAAGACGUUUUGUUGUUAGUUGGUUUAAUGAUUGUAGUUGGUUAGAGUAUAGUAUCAAAGCAGACAAAGUAUAUUGUUUAUAUUGUUACUUGUUUAAAGAAGAUAUUGGUAAUCAAGGCGGAAGAGAUACAUGGUCUUCUAGUUCUAAAGGGUUUUGUGAUUGGAGUAAAAAGGGGUCAUUAAAGGAACAUGUCGGGAAUGUUGAUAGUCAUCAUUUAAAGGCGGCACAAAAAUGUCAUAAUCUCAUGAAUCAAAAGAAACAUAUGGAUGAGAAUAUGAAGAAGUUGACUAAAGAAGAAAUGAUUGCAAACUAUUAUCGAUUACUUGGUUCCGUUAUGAGUGCUAGAUUUUGUUUAGAAAACUCUUUACCCUUUCGUGGCCAUGAUGAGUCGGAAGAAUCUAAUUCUCAAGGUAUGUUUCUUUCGGUGUUAAACUUGAUUAGUACUAACCACCCGAAAAUUGGAAAGUACACAUUAGGGAACGCAAAAAAGAACAAUAAACUGACAUCGCCAAAGAUUCAAAAGGAGAUUAUUGAAUGCUUUUCAAAGGAAGUAACAAAAAGCAUUUGUGCAGAAAUUAAAGAUGAUGUGUUUGGAUUGUUGGUAGAUGAAUCUAGUGAUGUUUCUUUAAAGGAGCAAAUGGCUGUAGUUGUUAGAUUUGUUGAUAAACUUGGGGCUGUUAGAGAGAGUUUAAUCGGAAUUGUGCAUGUGAAAGACACGACUUCUAUAACUCUUAAAGAAGCCAUUGAUGAUUUAUUAGCAAGCAACCAGUUAAGCGUAAAGCAAGUGAGAGGGCAAGGUUAUGAUGGUGCAAGCAACAUGCGGGGAGAAUUUAAUGGAUUAAAAGCGUUGAUUUUGAAAGAUAACCCGUCAGCACAUUACAUCCACUGUUUUGCUCAUCAACUUCAGUUGGUUAUUGUGGCUGUUGCAAAAAAACAUAGCGGUGUCAAAACUUUCUAUGAGUUCCUUUCCAUGGUCGUCACUACGGUUUCAGCUUCUUGCAAACGAAAAGAUAUGUUAAGGGAGGAAAAAAAGGCUAGAGUGGAAAAAGAAUUACUUGAAGGUGAAAUUAAAACGGGUAAAGGAUUAAACCAAGAGGUUUCCCUAGCACGACCCGGUGAUACGCGAUGGGGUUCACAUCAUAGAACCAUAAUCAGUUUGCUUAGAUUGUUUCCGGAAGUUGUGACCGUACUCCAAUAUGUUAAAGAAGAUGGAGAUUGCAGUCAACAACGAACAAAUGCAAAAGGUAUUCUAUCGUAUUUUAAAAAACUCGAGUUUGUUUUUUAUAUGCAUUUGAUGGGAGAUAUAUUAAGUUACACAAAUGCUCUUUCAAAACACCUUCAACAAAAAGGUAAAGAUUUAUUAGAAGCGGCCAACUUGAUAAAUGGUACAAAACGAGCAUUAAAUGCUUUAAGACAAAAUGGGUUUGAGCCGAUGUUGGAAAAAGUGACUUCCUUUUGUAAAAAAUAUAACAUUACAAUGUUGGACAUGUCGGAAAGUUAUGGUAACCCAAGAAACCGAAAAAAUGUCAUUACAAAUCGACAUCAUUUUGAGGUUGACAUUUUUAAUGAGGUUUUAGACAUGCAAAUUCAAGAAUUAGGAAGUCGAUUUAGUGAGGUAACAACUACUUUGAUAAAAAAUAUGUCGGGUUUAAAUCCUUCUAACGGUUUUUCUAAGUUUGAUCCAUCGAAGAUAUUGGCGUUUGCUAAGAUGUACCCGGAUGAUUUUACUACACAAGAAAUAGGGACUCUUUUGGGUGAUAUUGAGUCAUUUCGUCACACAAUAAGCGAUGAUGAUAACUUUGACAACUUGAAUGGAAUAAGUGAUCUUGCGCGUCUUAUGGUUGAAACGGGAACGCAUAUUUCUUGUCCUAUAGUUUAUCGGUUCCGCCACUGCGCGUCUCAAGAUUUAUGGAUGUGGCAUGCGUACUUUGGCAUGGCCGGUGCGAACAAUUACAUCGCAGUUUUACAAUCUUCGAAUCUUUUAAACGAUGUCAUAGAUGGUGUUGCACCAGAUACUUCAUUGUAUUGGGCGACGUUUAUGAAAACUCUUUCAUGUCCAGAUGACGAGAAAAGAAUGUAUUACAAGAAGAAACAAGAGUCAACAAGAAAAGAUAUCGAGCGGACUUUCGGUGUGUUAAAAAAGAGAUGGUCUAUCAUUGCCCAGCCGUCAAGCAUACUUGAAAAAAGUAAAAUGAGAAACGUUAUGUAUACGUGCGUCAUCUUGCAUAACAUGAUAUUGGAGUACUCGGGCAGAGCGUUUUGUGGAGAAAGUUAUGAUGAAAAUAACCAACCGACGAACCCACUAUUCACAUACUCUGAAAAAGAAGUUAUCCGAGAGAGGACAAUUUCGUCAUCUGGAUCUCGUGCUACCCGAGAUGCUCGCCAAAAGCAAGCAGACAAACGCCUCGCUGCCAUGAUUACUAAACAAAUGGCAAAGGUUGUACCCCAAGUUGUCAGUGAACUGUACGAGAACAUGAGCAAAUCAUCUGAGGAAUCCCGAACCGAAACCCCCAAAGCUGCUUUCAGCUUCAAACAGUUCAAGGCAUGUGGACCGAAAGAGUUCACGGGAGAAGAAGGCCCUACGGCCUUGUUUCAAUGGUUUGACUCAAUUGAAGUUACCCUGCGAUAG